AUGGACCCUACGGAUUACUCCCACGACAUGGGCGAACGCGAGCCCCUUGACAUCCCGAACCCCUCUCCUCCCCGACAUCGACAACAAUACCCACAGCAGCAGCAGCCGUACCAGCAGCCCUACGACCAACCACCUGAACAGUAUCCUACUCUGCCGCAGCACCCGGAAGACCCAUUCGCGACGCCGCCUCGGAGCCGGCCAGGACCAUCAGCUCAUCCGGACUCGGCAUUCGACAGACUUCGGGCGCAACGACGGUACAGUAGAGAACCGCCAGCCAGCGGUGCGAGCAGUAGCGGAUGGGCUGCUGGCCCUCAAGCAGCUGCCAGCGUCGCACCAAACGGCUUCAGAGAGGAAGACCUGGCAUCGCCCGUCUCUCCGUCCCAGCCGCCACCUCAUCGCGGCGUUGAAGGACGGAACCGGAGCAGAGACGCGGACUACUACCCCCCGCGAACAAACUACCCCCCACGAACGGAAUACCCGCCACGAAAUCGCGCAUUCCCACCGCAAAGCAACAUCACGCCGGGGGCAGAUAACUUCAGCGACGCUGCUGCUGGGGGCAUGGCCGGGAUAGCUUUGAGUGUGGCGGAGCACAACGCGCGGGAGAGCGGCCUUAACGCUAUCCAGAGUGCGGGAUACCCGCAGUCAGGCCAACCGCAAGAACAAUGGCGGAACAAUGGUCGUGAGUACAGCGACGGGAGAGGAGGUCAAAUGGGCGGCCAGCAACAACGACAAGCGGCGUCUGGUGUCCCGUAUGGCCACCUCGACAACCCGGCGGAUGCAGAUUCAGUGUCUAGCUUGCCCAGCAGCUCCAACAACCUGAGCGCAGGAAAUGUCACACCAGGACACAGGACUCCGUCGAGGAGCCCUCACAGCGUCGUUAAUGACAUCUACACUGACGAUCCCUAUCAGAUCUACUCUCGGCCUCAAGACCCCCGGCUAGGUGCCGUCGACCCACUCGCCAUUGAAGAUGACGGUGAUGACGGCUUGACGUAUGGCGUCCGAAAAGGACCCCGGACAAGCAUGCUCAGUCUCGGUGGGUCAAGCCACAGAGGCCGGGAUGCUGCUGCAGCCGCGGGCGGUGCGGCAGCUGGCGCGGCGGCCGGAGGUGUCUUGGGUGGACUAGCGGGACGCAACGGCACCAGAAACUUGUCUGGGUACUACGCGCCAGUGCACAACGGGCUGAGCGCGGGUCCCUCUGGCCUCCCGGGCGAAAAGUCGGGGUGGCCGUCUGCUGAAGAUGCAAAGAAGAAAUCGAGGAGGUGGCGGCUGAUCAUUAUCCUCGGGGUUAUCGUGCUCGCCAUUGCAGGCAUCGCGCUCGGCGUCGUCUUUGGCGUCGUCCUCAAAAGGAACGGGGGCGGCGGGAGCAGCAGCAGCAACGGCUCGAGCGGGAGCGCGGCGGAUGACACCGCCGCCAACGGAGACCUUGGCGUCAACUCGGGGGAGAUCAAGGCGCUCUUGAACAACCCGAACCUGCACAAGGUAUUCCCGGGCGUCGACUACACCCCAGUUAACACGCAAUACCCCGACUGCAUCCACAACCCGCCAUCGCAAAACAACAUAACCCGCGAUGUUGCCGUUCUCUCGCAACUAACCAACACCAUCCGGCUGUACGGCACGGACUGCAACCAAACCCAGAUGGUCAUCCACGCGCUGAACCAGCUCAAGAUGCAAGACACCAUCAAGGUGUGGUUGGGCGUCUGGCAGGACAACAACGACACGACAAACGCGCGCCAGCUCACCCAGAUGUGGGACAUUUUGGACCAGUACGGCGAGAAGCCCUUCAAGGGCCUCAUCGUGGCCAACGAGAUCCUCUUCCGGGAGCAGAUGACGGUCGAAAACCUGACCCUCCUCCUCUCCAACGUGCGGCAGAACGUCACGGCCCGCGGCAUGUCGCUGCCCGUCGCUACUAGCGACCUGGGCGACAAGUGGACGGCGCAGCUGGCAGCGCAGAGCGACUACGUCAUGGCCAACAUCCACCCCUUCUUCUCGGGCACCAAGGUGGCGGAGGCGGCGGCGUGGACCAACAACUUCUGGCAGGUGAACAACGGGCCCUUCUUCAAGUCGGACAAGGACAAGAACAUCAUCAGCGAGACGGGUUGGCCGUCGCAGGGCGGCACCAGCUGCGGCACCGUGACCGAGACGGUCUGCCCGGACAAGGCCGUCGCCGGCAUCGACGAGAUGAACCAGUUCAUGGACGACUGGGUCUGCCAGGCCCUCGCCAACGGCACCCAGUACUUUUGGUUCGAGGCCUUUGACGAGCCCUGGAAGAUACAGUUCAACACGGCCGACCAGCAGUGGGAGGACCACUGGGGCCUCAUGGACGUCGACCGCAACCUCAAGAGCGGCGUCAAGGUGCCUGACUGCGGCGGCAAGACGGUCGACUGAGCGGCCGGUAACAUCUCGAACCGUCUUCUGAGUUAUUAAUUACUAAAAGAAGGAUGAGGGGUUGGGGGGAAGAAAUAGAGGAAAAAAGAUGCUGAACAGACGCAGUUGGCGGUCAUGGUAUGUUCAUGAUUCACGUCUCAUGGCUCCUUGAGUUGUUUGUCUUGUCUGGCCGACACGGCAUGGUUGCGUCGUUCAAGUUUGGCUUUCUUCAUUAUCUCUCUCUUCAUGGCAAAAACGGGCAAGAAACUUGGGCGGAUUGGCGGAAAGGGGGCUGGGACUGGGGGUUUUCUCUGUCAUCAUCAUCUUCAUCAUCAUCACCAUCAUCAUCAUCAUCAUCAUCACCAUCAUCAUCAUCAUCAUCAUCAUCACCAUCAUCAUCAUCAUCAUCAUC